CGAAUAUGGGCGCUUGAAGUUGCGUGUCACCAGUUACAACAGACUCAGUCGAUCUCAGAAGCGACAAUCUUCAUCACCAUAUAUUCAGAAUGUCGGCCUCUUACAUCGUAUAUUGCGCUGCUUGUAUAUCCGUGCUGAAGGAGCUGAACAAUGUCGUCACCGAGCCUUACAUGGAUGAGCCAUUCCAUGUACCGCAAGCGCAAGCAUACUGUAGUGGAGACUUUGCAACGUGGGACCCUAAAAUCACCACCCCCCCUGGCUUAUACAUCAUGAGCGUAUUGUUUAAACGUGUUUUUAUGUUCAAAUGCUCCCUGCCAAUGCUACGCCUAACGACUACACUAACGCUCCUCGCGCUUCCAAUCGUCCUCACGCGUCUUUUGUGUUUUUAUCGGCGGAUACGGCCUCCUGCUUCAAUUUUAGCUCCAACACCGGAUGCCAUCGUUCUCAGCCUCUUCCCUAUCGCGUGGUUCUUUGGAUUUCUGUAUUAUACAGAAGUCCCAAGCUUAGUGUUUGUCGUUGCGACGAUCGUCGCCGCAAGCGAAGACAGACAUUGGUUAGCUGGUUUGUUAGGCCUUUUGAGCUGCACUUUCCGUCAAACGAAUAUCAUCUGGACACUUUAUGCCUAUGCGACAAGCCAGUUGAUGUAUCUCCGUUACCGUCGACCUGGUCCAGGCUCACAAGACAUUGCCAAACUCCAUGACCCCAACGCAGACCAAGCUAGGCCAGUGGAUUUAUACAGAUCUGUGCUAUCUCUGCCCGGUGUCCUGCCAGACAUUUUAUCAGCGUUCGUUCCGUACGCCUUUGUAUUGUCUGUGUUCGUUUCCUUCGUGGUUUGGAACGGGGGAAUAGUGCUAGGGGACAAAUCCAAUCACAUUCCUGUCUUGCAUGUUCCCCAGGUCUACUAUUUUCUUGCAUUCUCGACUGCGUUCGGCUGGCCGGUUCUCAUUAGUGGAGCUGGGGGGAUACCCCUUAUGUUGCGAAAGAUUUACGCUCGUACAUUUGGCUCCAAGUUUCGCGCACUAAUAACUUUGGUUUCCCUCGCUGCGAUGGAAUUCACCGUCAAGCUUUACACAAUACACCAUCCCUUCCUGCUCUCGGACAACCGCCACUACACAUUCUAUGUAUGGCACCGCAUAUACAUGUUCCACUGGCUAGCUCCAUACGCUCUAGUACCUGCCUACUUCGUUUGUGCGUUGGCGUGGUUCUUGCGUGUCGGAAAUGAGCAAAGCAUGCUGCAAACUGUAGCUCUUUCCAUAUGUGUUUUGGCCACCUUACUUCCAACCCCGCUACUUGAGCCAAGGUACUUUAUGAUUCCGUACCUCCUCAUGCGAAUGCAGAUCGUCAAUGUGCCGUCAUGGGCUUUAGUGUUGGAAGGACUGUGGUACGCAGCGAUCAACGUCGUGACAAUGGGUGUAUUUCUGUAUCUUCCAAGAGAGGGUGUGGGUAGGUUUAUGUGGUGAAACGAAUUCAAACUUUCGAAGUAAUUACCGGGUAAUUACGGUAUUUAAUCCGCUGC